CACUGCUUGUGCAUAUGAGGCGAUACUCAUUUGCAUAUCCUUGCUCUAAGAUCUCGGAAUUGGCACUGUUGUUGGAAAGGGCGAAGAAAUUAUGUUUAAAAUGUCUCACAUAUAAACAUACUAUGAGCUGAACAAUUGUGUGCGGUCGGAUUCAAAAGGAAGUUGUUAAAAUGAGCGGUUUUGUUGGAGAUUUAAGUGAGAAGCAAUCAAAAGCUUUGGAUGAGCUUCAAUCUAGACUGAAUGGAGUUGAAUUUCCAGGACCAGAAAAUGAUGAUCGUGAUGCUUACCUUUUAAAAUGGCUCAGGGCUCGACAAUUUGAUGUUGAUAAAGCUGAAUUUAUGUUAAAAAAUCAUCUGUCUUUCAGGGAAAAAUGGAAUGUGCAAUCAUUGAUAGACAACUGGCAUCCACCAGAGGUGCUGGACAAAUACAUGGUCGGUGGCUUGUGUGGCUUUGACAAAGAUGGUGCACCUGUUUGGUAUGAACCAUUUGGUUACUUUGAUCCAAAGGGUUUGGUUCUGUCGACUACAGGAAAUGACCUCACGAAGAUGAAGAUCAAAAUAUGUGAAGAAAUUCUCUCUCAACUCAGGGCACAGACAAAGAAGUUAGGCAAAAGGAUAGACAGAUUUGUGAUUGUGUUUGACUUGGAGAAAGCUGGUCUUUCUCACAUCUGGAAGCCGUUCAUCGACCGUUACAACCUCAUUCUGCAAGUAUUUGAAGCCCAUUAUCCGGAAAUGCUUAAAAAGACCUUUGUUAUAAAUGCUCCAGCCUUCUUUUCAAUCGGAUUCAACUUGAUCAAGAAGUUCCUUAGUGAGGAAACCAAGAAUAAAGUCUCUGUACUGGGAGGAAACUACAAGGAUGUAUUGAUAGAGGCUAUAGGUAAAGACUUGCCAGCUCAUUUUGGGGGAACGGCGUGUGACCCUGAUGGUGACCCUCGCUGUGUGUCAAAGAUUCGAUUCGGUGGAAAGGUGCCUGAAUCGUACUACCUCAAGAAUGAAUUCAUGCAUGAGGGCAGACUAACAGAGGUCUUCAUAGGUCAUGGGUCAAAGCUUGAACUUACGUAUGAGGUCAAGGAGAAAGACCAUGUACUCAAGUGGGAGUUUAUGACAAGGCAUAACAACAUCGGUUUUGGAGUAUUUUACAAGCCGUCUCCUGAUACCAGCAGAGACCAAUGGGAAGAGGUGGUUGAGAAGAUGAGAUGCUCCUGCCAUCUUGUACCAGAGAUUGGAGGAUAUUCAUGUGAUAAGCUAGGAACAUAUAUUGUCCAGUUUGACAACAGCUUCAGCUGGGUGAGGGGCAAGAAGGUCUUUUACCUCAUAGAGUUGCAAAGGGAAGAAGAUCAUGAGAGCUAGAACAUCUCAAAUCAAUCAUUGCCAUUAUAUGGUAAUGUAUUUCCCAUAUACAUCAAGAGAGAGAGGAUUGUGUUCGAAACCAUUAGAACAUCAUCUCAGGAGUGUAAUAAGGUCUCAUGUCCAUUUUUGGCCAAUAUGUGAUUUUGAAAGUUGUGAUGGUUCAUGAUUACUGAAAAUAAUUCUCUCAUAGUUGUGAGAAGGGUAUAAUUAGUCUGAU